ACGACCCUACCAACAGCGCAGUCGAAACACGAUACGGACGAUAGCGCAAAGUUUUAUUGCCGGAUAACGCGAUGUGGCUCGUAUCACUAGACAACCUUGUGAUAAAAUACGCGAGAGGGUGAAUUGUAAAGGGGUCUAGUGUUUCGGAGAUAAGCGCGAGGGGACAGAGGCCAGAAAUCCGCGCGUUUCACCAGGCUUGAAAAGAGUUAGGGGGAUUUUGUGCGUGUGGUGUCUGUGUGUGUUAUCGAAAGGUUAGUGUUAGAUUAAAAUGACGUGACAAUGCGGUCGGGCGAAGGAUUCAUCGAAGUUCAGCGGCUCAAGAUACUCGUGAUCCUCGUUCUCGUGGGAUUCACCGAUGGAUAUCUCGAUUUGUUCAUCAGCAAGUCUCAGGUUAUGAAGCUUCUGGGACUGGAAGCUGAAUUGUAUUAUGUGAAGGAGGGCUCAGUCAACACGUACGCGAUGAAUUUCGUUGUUCUGGUGCCCGCAAACAUAGCAGAUUUGGAGUUUACAUGGCAGAGUCUCGCUGGUCAUCCGUUGCAGUAUUCCAUGGAACUGGAUUACGACGUGAUUGGUGUACACGGGGGUAACGCCGAGUCCAUCGCCCUCCUACGGCCGCGGGUCAAUGUGUCGGCGAAGGGUGAAGUCCCGGUUACCCUCCAGGUAUUCAGAAUCCGACUGCCCUGCUCCGGUCUCUUCAGCGCCGAAAUACCGAUGACCUUAAGACUCAACGUAACGGCACCUCCUGGCACGAGAUACAAUGACACCGUUCUUGUUUUCAAAAGGAAUAAAAUUUGUCUCAAAGGUGUCCAGACACCACCUAGUAACGAUUCAGUACGCCUGGAAGCUGGCCCACUUGUGAACGGAACCGGAGCCCUUUACGUAGCUGCCACUUGUGCCUGUGCACUCAUUCUCGUUGUUGGAAGUGUCGCGAGCGCUUUGUACAUAAAAAACAGCAAAGCUCGAGUUCAAGAAUCCCAGAAGACGCUACCUUGUUGCAGUUACUCAGCAGCCGGGACAGGUGGUUUGACCGGAAGUUCCGUUCUGGUCAGAGUUGACCCGAGACCUGGCAGCGCCAAUUCUGGAAGUUACGCAACUAUAGCCGACCUCGAACCCCUAUACUCGAGACCUUGCGGAUCCAGAGCGAGUUACUACGCUGCCAGCAAUGUGACUCAACUCAGUCACACGACCGAUCCUUGCGACAAGGCAAGAGCACUCGCAGUCACAAGAUCAGCGCUAUAUUGUAGAAGCCUACUUCAAGAAGGAACUUUCGGUAGAGUUUACAAAGGGGCGCUAAACAUUGCCGGGAGAGAGCAAGAAGUCAUAAUAAAAACGGUCACAGAAGUUGCGUCAGCCUAUCAAGCCUCCCUCCUCGUGGUCGAAGGCUCCCAAUUGGCCGGUCUCGUUCACGCAAACAUCGCCUCUUUGGUAGCCGCUUGUCUCGACAGUCCCUGUCCAUUGUUGGCUUACGCGAGUGCACCGAGCGAAUUGAAUCUCAAAAUCUAUCUUACCGACGGCAAUCAUCAUCCGGUUACGAGGGAUCUCGUCAACAUUGGCGCUCAGGUCGCUCGUGCCGGGGCGUUUCUUCACGGUCGGGGCCUGCUGCACAGGGACGUCGCAGCCAGAAAUUGUCUCAUCGAGCCGAACAGCUUUCGGAUAAGACUCGCAGACGCCGCCCUCGCCAGGGACAUUUUUCCUCAGGACUAUCAUUGCCUCGGUGACAAUGAAAAUCGUCCCAUUCGCUGGAUGGCCUUGGAAAGCCUUCAGCACAAUCAGUACAACACGUCGACCGAUGUGUGGUCCUUUGGAGUAUUUCUGUGGGAACUGGUGACAAUGGGGCAGCAGCCUUACGUGGAGGUGGAUCCAUUCGAGAUGAUGGCGUGUCUCCGAGACGGUUAUCGUUUGGCCCAGCCGAGACCAUGUCCGGAUGAGCUAUUCGCGGUGAUGGCUGUGUGCUGGCUCGGUUUAGCGCGCGAUCGGCCAACGAUGCCUCAGCUUUUGGCUUAUUUGCAAGAGUUCCACGACGCCCUGGGUGGUUUCAUCUGAAGAAUGACUUCCUACGCCGAACAAAAUCGCGGGAGAUUCAAAGUUCGUUGAAGACUUCGAGGAUUUUUUUGCAUUCGAACGAAUCGAAAGGCUCCCAUUAAUUUCGACUACGAGGGACUCGUUUUCCCACUGGAACUAUUUUUUUUCCUGACACAUCCGAACUGCAAGAAACCUUCGCCCAUGAAUCAAACAAUCAUGUGUUAUCGAAUGAAUCUCUCCCGGAAAUCUGCUCUCCCGCAGUAUCGCCUUUUUGACACUGAAGAAAAAGGAUAUUUGUCGUCGUGCAGGCUACGAGAAAAUCUGUAGCAUGUUCUUAUUACAUCCUUUUCUCGUCGCGAAGAUGGUUACGAAUGGCGCGAUCGCUUAGAGUGGAAAUGGGUGAUUUUUUAUUCAAGUCGAUUUGGCAAAACGGGAGUCCCGGCGGCAGCGUGUGAUGGCCGAGUCCUGAUGCGGCUUUCAGGAAUGGUAGCACGUGGCUUAUAAAUGGCGUCUUCGAGAAUGGCGCGUUCGGGUCCAAAGGGUGAAAAAGUGAGGAGAAUAUGGUAGGGAGAAACACGACUGAGAAAAAAGGAGGAUGAGAUGAAAAGACGAAGAAGUGAAUCGUGAUCGAGAGUUUGGAAAACGUGGUACACAGUGCUUGGUAAGAACGCUCUCAUUCUCGCAUCCCUUCUUGUACUCAAGAAAAUUCGAGGAUAUCCCACGAGGAAAGGAUUGAAGCUAAAGGCGCGAUAGGAAUAUUGAUAAGACGUGGAUUUAUACAUAUGCUCUCUUUUCCACGUUUUCCAUAUACGAAUACAUACACAGAUAUACACAUGUGUAUAUACAUCACGUGUGUAUGCAUAUGUUAUAUAUUGAGAUGCUAUAAGACCCUGGAAUUCGCCAUGAACGAAAGAUCGCAAAGCAACAAUACUGUACGUUAGGUUUUUGUAUGAUGUUUCACACAAUAUUAUUCGCUAACGCUAGCCAAUCAAAUCAUAACAAAAAGUCUGAUUCAUAAUCAAACUACGUGCUGGAAUUGAAGGUUAUGUCACUGUCCUUUUACGUAUUUGAGUUACUUGAAUCCUUUCAAUGGUUGAUUCCAUUUGCAAAUCUCUUGAAAAAAUCUCGAUGCAGUUUGAGAAAUGAAGAUCCUUUGAUGGAGAAAUUUAUCGGUAUUGGUUCUGUUGGCAAACUAAUUAUUAGUUGGAAAUCGUUGGAUUUUAUUAUCUACUGCAGGAAAUCCUGACAAAGCAUUUGUCGAGUGAACGCAAGAGCGCCUUCGAGACGGCAACCAAGUUUUACAUCGGUGAUGAGUGUUUUUUAGCUCAGCUGGGUUUCUCGAUCGCUUACAAAUAAACAGCGGACGCAGCAAAAAAACCGAUGGAUUUAAAUACACAGAUUUGCCAUUUUUGUUCCGCAGGAUCUUUGAUUUUUCAUUUUUUUUUGUUUUCUAGUAAUUCAAAUAAUAAUCAUUGCCAUAAAAAUUUUAAGGUAACAGGAUGAUUCUGAUCAACUCUGUGGAUAUUCUCGUUUGAAUAAGUCCUCUUACGUCUCCAGGAGCUUAUCGGAGUUGAAGAAAAUCAAGUCCUUACCCAGAGAAGAAAGUCUCGUCUCUUGAUAUGGAUAGAAUUUCGAGGGAGGAGAGUCCGAAAAGCCGUGAAUGAGAGGAUAUGAUAAUAAGGAAUUUGUAUUAAUGGAACGGUUACUCAUGUCAGGUUUGUUUUUCUCGUGGUUUAUUUUCCAUCGAUGCUACAAAAUAUCAAUGUACCAAGACUCAUGCACGUGUAACAACUUUUACAACAUUAAAGCCCGUGUAUCAUUUCGGGAAUGAGGUAUUUUUGGUUACUUCAGGUACGGUUUAGGGUUAUAUUACGUUUAAUAUCCUUGGUUAAGAGUCACCGAGCUCACGUGAUCAACUCAAAAUCGAUGGUGGCGCCUUCCAUAUAGGGGAGACCGGGGCAAAACGGGAUACUCGAAA